CUUGAAUUGAAUCAACAAGCAAACAUGUUUCGGUGGUGGGGAUCAAACCCACAACACCUUCAUCAGUGCAUGAGCUGGGGAUGGGACGAGGGGGAGGUGGGGGAAGGGCCCAGGGGGAGGGGAGGAGGGCCAAGCGCACACAAGCUCGCCGCAGCAGGGAGAGCGGCGGUGAUGAGAGGGAUGGGAGCGAUUCGGAGGAGCAGGAGAGCGGAAAAUCUAGCGGCAGCGAGUAUGAGGAGGAGGAAGAGGAGGGGAAUGAUGAGCACGAGAUUGAGGGAUUGGAGGAGGAGGAGGAGGAGGAGGAGGAGGAGGAGGAGGAGGAGGAGGAGGAGGAGGAGGAGGAGGAGGAGGAGGAGGGGAGGAGGAGGAGGAGGAGGAGGAGGAGGAGGAGGAGGAGGAGGAGGAGGAGGAGGAGGAGGAGGAGGGAGGAGGAGGAGGAGGAGGAGGAGGAGGGAGGAGGAGGAGGAGGAGGAGGAGGAGGAGGAGGAGGAGGAGGAGGAGGAGGAGGAGGAGGGCAGGCCUGUGGCGAGCUUCAAGCCGUCAGAGGUCCCUCUGGUGGGUCGAAAGGGAGAAAGGGGCAGCACUCUAUUCCACUCAGCAGCAAGGGAGAGUAUUGGGGGUAUCGGGGUUGGGCUGGCCACUCAAGCAUGUGGAUCUGGAGCCUUGAACCAAGGCCAGGAGCUUGGGUCAAGGGCAGGAGAAUGGAGCCCACCUCCUCUUACCUCCUCUCCUCUCCCCCUUUCCCCUUUCCCCAGCAGCAUCACGCCUUGAGGAAAGGAAGUGGAAAGUGUGUGGCACGGCAGUCGUUCUUCAAGUACCAACACUGGCGUAUCGUAUAAUGGAACCGGUCAGAGCCGUGCGCGCCGGCUCUGGUUGGGAGUCCCCUCCUACGACGCUUUCGUCACGGGAUUUGAGUCUUGGGCCGCCCGUGCAUUUUCCACUGCCACACUUUGACCACA